AUGCCUUACAGAAUAUUUCGUCGGAUUCUUAACGAUGAACGAGUAAUACAACAGGUAGUGUUAUCGAAGAAAAUACUUUGACUUCUUUAGAUGGCUGAUUCGUGGCCAAUGAGAAGAGCAGCAAAAUUGGCCGUUACGAGCACAUUUCAGCUACGUCACAAGAUCGAGAGCUCAGGUCUGAUGGAUGGUCUUCUGGCCCGGACUUCCAAUUUCAGGCGUUUAUUCCAAGAAGAAUAUAAAAAGCGGUUGGAACAGCGCAAGUAA